AUGAUGGUGCAGGUGGUUUGUGUUGCCGUCUCGAAGAGCCCCGGUUGUAAAAUUCUCUUUUUCCAGUGCCAGUGCGCGCUAGUCGUAGUCCCGUGCCUAGUGUCGUGCGAGGGAGCCUCUUCGCCCGCAGCCAUGUGCCGCGCGCCGGAGUGGCAUCAGGACGACAAGUUCUCGAUCGAGCAAGAGUGGCCCAAGGACGCCAAGUUCCCCGACAUCGUCAUCGACCAGAAGUACCCCUCGCUCUCCCAGAUCAAGGCGUGGAUCCCGGCCAGCUGCUUCGAGAAGUCGACCGCGAAGUCGAUGUAUUACUUCGUGCGCGACGCAUCGUGCAUCCUCGGCACCCAGGCCGCCAUCCUUGCGCUCUGCCGCAGCGCCGCCUUCGCCGCGCUCCCGCUGCUGGUCCAGCCUCGCUGCGAGGUAGGCUUCUUCAUGUGGUGCAUGUUUGUUGUCGGGCACGACUGCGGCCACACGACCUUCUCCCCCUCCUCCGCCGUCAACGAGAUCAUGGGCGAGGAGGACUACUCUCACAUGUGGUUCACGGAGUCGCAGCAGCACAAGAUCAUGCGCAUCCCGCACCUCGCCUUCCACUACGCCAUCCGCGUCGCCACCCCCCUCGUCAACUGGUUCCUCUACCUGUACGUCGGCCAGCCCGACGGGGGCCACUUCCUCCCGCUCUACGGCCGGCUCUGGAAAGACGCGUCUCUCGGCGACUUCCUGCGCGGCUACGCCUCCUCCGCCGUCUCCGCCGCCAGCAUGUGCCUGUGGUACCAGGUCUACGGCGACUGCGUGGUGCGCGCGUACUGCCUUCCUUGGAUGUGGUACGGCUGGUGGCUCUUCACAGUCACCUUCUUCCAGCACCACUUUGACGAGAUGUUGCUCUUCCGCGACGGCGCGUGGUCGUACGUGCGCGGCGCCUUCGAGACGAUCGAUCGGACGUACGGCUUCGGCAUCGACGACUUCCACCACAACAUCACCGACGGGCACGUCAUGCACCAUCU